UAUUGCCAAUUCCUCCUCGCACUCAGCUGUGAGUGUGCGGUAAUGUAAUGAAGCUGGCGCGGAGGGAUACAGCGUAAACGAGGCCAGAGCGCAGCGGCGGCGCAUUACUACACCUCAGACUAUUGCUCUCUCACUCUCUCUCUAACACACACACACACACACACACAACACACACACAGAGGAACAGAUCCUGCGUUUACGUCAACGUUUAAAACACAAACAGCUUUCUGCUGCUGAUUUUACACACAUUUAUCGGACGGGACUUUUUAAGGAUGGCAGAUCAGUUGACCGAGGAACAGAUCGCUGAGUUCAAGGAGGCGUUUUCACUCUUCGACAAAGAUGGCGAUGGCACCAUUACCACCAAAGAGCUGGGUACAGUGAUGCGCUCAUUGGGUCAGAACCCCACUGAGGCCGAGCUCCAGGAUAUGAUCAACGAGGUAGACGCUGAUGGCAACGGAACUAUAGACUUCCCGGAGUUCCUAACCAUGAUGGCACGGAAAAUGAAGGACACGGACAGUGAAGAGGAAAUCCGAGAAGCUUUCAGAGUCUUUGACAAGGGUCCGGUGAACCAAAACCAGCUGAAAUAUACAAGGCUUCCUUGAAAAUGAUCAGUCAACUAGUCAUCCAGGCAACCCGCUGAAU